AUGACAAAUCUCAAGGGCUACAAAACCCCAUCCAGAUCAAAGCUAGUGUAUCCCCAUUACAGUAUCACAUUGGGAACGACGCUACUACUACUUAUGUUGAUGCCCAAGAUAGGUUUGAUAGGCAUUGGUACAGAUGUCCUUACUCAUUUGAUGAUAGUUUUAAUCUCCGGAGGGCAACUUGUACUGAUUGCGCUCUAG